CGACGCCGCACUGUCGCCAUUUUUAGAGAUUCUACCUCGACGUCGCUGCACCCACUGUCGCGCAACAGAAACAGCUGGCGCUUGAUACUAAAUAACCAUGUCAACAGGUCGACAAAGAUGCGUCGCCAACCAUGUGGUGAUGGUUCCGCCGACGUCUUUUGGCUUCAACGAGGAGACCGCUGGCACGAACGAGUUCAUGCAUGCCAAUCUCUCGACGUCCAACAGCAUCAGCAACGCACCCGGGACAAGAACCGCUUCACCAGAUCAUGCGGCUACUUCCGCAAAAAUAGUACAGCAGCAGGCGUCUAUCGAGUGGCACAACGUGAAAUCGAAGUUAGAGGCCUUUGGGGUGAAAGUGUCCGUUUUGAUGGGGGAACAGCAUGACAAACCAGAUUUUCUUCCCGACGCCGUCUUUCCCAACAACUGGUUCUCGACCUUCGUUUCGUCUCCGCGUGGAGGGGGAGGAGGUGAUCAUCUUCAUCAGCAUGACAAAACGUCAACCAUCAAUUGUGAUGGAACUUCAGCAAGAGAAGAUCACCCAUUGAUGUCGAAGAAGAUUGCCAUCUACCCGAUGCUGUGUCCAUCCCGGCAGAGGGAAGUGAAGAUCGAAAGUCUGGUACAGCUGAUAGGGUGGAAUAAUGAUUAUGCAGAACAAGUUCGUGAGUCAGAGUCGCAGCAGCAGCUCCAGCAAGACAAAUCCACAACAGAAAUUGUGGACUUACGGGGAGAUGUUGAAGAGGGCGCAAAAACAGCGGGAUCUACCUCUCGUUCCAGCAAGGUCUUCCUGGAAGGCACGGGCUGUCUCGUCUUCGACCACUGGACGCGAACCUGUUUUUAUGCGAAAAAAAAAGUGUUACAGUUACACAUGGUCGUUGUGUUGCAAAUCAAGCAAGACAGAGAAGGUCUGUCAUGCCCGAUAUGCAGCUUGGGGGCUUAGUUUAUUCUUCGCACGUGUUUAUUUCCCUUAUGAUCUCUGCAUCGCAAGUUUCCGCUGUCAAAUGCAGACCAAGUUUGUGUUGCUGAUUGCCAAAGAACAGGUGUGUAACUGUAACACUUUUUUUCUCGGAUAGUUUUCUCGCGCUCUCCCCGAGGGCGAACUCCGUCGCGCUGGCGGAAUCUCUCGUCUGCGACCUAUCAACUGCAUAUAUGUUUGGGUCUGGGAGAUUCAUUGUGAAAUUUGUCAUGCGAGCCUGGCAUGGGCUCUGAACUCUGUAUUGCGUGGCCGCAAAUAAGAGCGUCUCUUGCGUGUCAUGCGAAAACGCAGUUUCUCAUGCGAAGUGCGCAACUGCGACCCAUGGAGAGACUUAUCAUGCUUGACAGUGCGCUGCCUAUUUUCUUCUUUGCAUCACAAGUUCCCAGACCCAGACAUAUUUGCAUUUCAUAUGACCGGAUGGGCUACGAUUUGGUGGUUUUUGAAACGGUGAACAACAUCUACCACAUAUCCUGUGUAAAAAGGUGACCACCCCAUAGUCAAGUUGGUAAAUCUGCAACACAAAUUUCCAAGUUUUGGGAGUUGAGCAUUACAAGUUUCGAUCUGCACUGUAGUCCUAAUUAGCAAGGACAGCCGCAUCACAAAAACGCCUGUGUAUGCUGUUUACAGCAUCACAAAUCCCAGAACACGACUACAAAUAACUGUCGUGCGGAUCUGCAUUACAGAUGAUUUUGUAGAUGCAAAUCUGCAUGACAGGAGCUAAUGGGCGGGGCCGUUUUCACUCAGGAUACCACACAAACGUGAUUAUGACGGUCGGGAAAAGCGUCGCAGUGGUUUGUUUGGAGCAGGUGAAGGGCGUGGCCGCGGGGGAUUAUGAUGAAAAAAUUGCACGCGCAGUAGAGCAGCAGCAGCAGCAAAAUGGAGACGAGACGACCGAUGAAAAGCAAAAGAUUAAAGCUUCUACUCGACACAGAAAAACUACCAAAACCACCUGCUUUAUCUCUUCGAAACAAGAACUGCAGGAGUUGCUGGAACAGAAAUUGUUGAAGAAAGUCAUUUAUGGAUUGCAAAUAUGUCUGGGUCUGGAAACUUGUAAUGCUGAAGUGUCAUGAUUGAGAUUGAGUGUGCCUGUAAGUGCAGUGCAGCAUGACAAAUGUUUCAAUCGCUUUCUCAUGCGCAGAACGCAUUACAAACACAAACUGCGCUUCUGCAUGACGAAAGUGUGGCGCUUCAUUUGCUGCUUCUGCAAUACAGGUUUUUUAGGAAUGCGAGACAUGCAAUACAGGUUCAACCUUCCAGACCCAGACACAUUGGCACUCGAUAUCAUUGACAUCUCGUUCGCUCAAGUUGAGAAUUUCGCGGGGAAUUGCUUGGAACUGGCUGCACGGAGUAAUAAAAGUGCGAGCACUAGUACAACCGCAACAACUCAUUUCGGUGCUGGCGAUGUUGAUGAAAAAGAAAACAUGAACAAGCAAGACGAAGAACUCGAAUUCCUCUGGCUGCUGUCCACAACAGCAGAAAAAGCUUUUACGGAGGAGCAGAAGAGAACUCUGUCAGAGAGCGGGUACAUGCUGGUUUGUUGCGACGUUUCAACCAUCGAGAAAAUCGGCGGUGGGGGUGUGAGAUGUAUGGUGGCGGAGGUGUUUUGGUAGGAGAUGAUCAUGGAGAUCGGGGUUUUUGCCCUUUUAGAUCAGGAUCUUCCGUGGUAAGGAUGAAGGAUUAAGUACUUUUACAAAUGGCCGACUUGUAUGAUUUUUGACGAUCCGUUCGAAAUGGACCGACACGCACCUUCUUUGCUUCGGACGCGUCCUGUAUGAUGGAAAAGGAAAUAAUGGCUUUUCAAUGAAGCUGCUACAACAGUUUUCUCGCUGAUGUAAAUGACAACUGUGUUG